AUGUUGGGCGCUACACUUGACUGGAAAAACUCUUAUUACACAUUAGAUGAGAAGUUUUCUGCCGCUGUGACCAAAGCAUUCAUUACUUUAUAUAACGAUGGCUUGAUUUAUCGUGAUAAGAAGGUAGUGAACUGGUGUCCCUAUUUGCGCAGUUCGCUCUCGGAUCAGGAGGUGGAUCGUAUCGAAGUGCAAUCGUCUACAAAAAUGUCCAUACCUUCACCGGAGGGAGGGAAGCGAGAUGUUGAAGUAGGAACCAUGUAUCGGAUUAGGUAUCCUUUGGCAGGCAGCGACAGCUUGCUUUUCAUUGCUGAUCUGAACAAUUUUUACUUCUGCGAUAUCUCAAGUCUUCAUCUUAGGACUGAAUCGUUGGCUUUCUGA